CUCUCUCUCUCUCUCUCUCAUUCUCAAUAACACCGCUAUCCUCUUCGUUCGUUCGUUCUUUCUUUCUUUCUUUCUCAAUUCCCAUUCCGCUGAAUACUCUCAUCCUAAACGCUUUCUUUACGUCAAUUGAUCCAUUGGACCUGCUCAACUCACUAUGAAUCAGAACGUCCUCCUCCGAUCCCCGCCAGAGACUCGCCAGCAACCACUACUGACAGACAAGUCGCCCAACAGACUUAAGGAAAAGCCGCGGUUCGCGGAGGUGGCCGGCGGAACGGCCGCGGAGUGCGCGGCAAUAUGCUGUUGCUUUCCAUGCAGCAUGAUGAACCUUCUGAUAUUGACCGUCUACAAGGUUCCAGUGGGGCUCUGCAAAAAGGCGUGGAAUAAGAGGGGAAAACGACGUCACAUCACGAAGAGAAACAAGGCGGCGGCGGCGGGCGGUGCAACUGUAGGUAAGGAGGGGCCGAAACAUGAUGGUGAAAAGGAGGAUUGGGGAGAAUCGCUUCCGUCGUCGUAUUUGUCAUCGGAGGAUGUGGAAUUGGAGAAGGAGAUGUGGGACCAAUUUUAUGGUACUGGCUUCUGGAGGACACCUUCUCAGAGAGAAACCUAACGGUACAAAUUUUGGUUCAAGGAAUUUUUUAGGGUUCUAUAAUCACACAAUGGGAUCCAUGAUGAUCAAAGAUUUUUCCUUUCUUUCGUUCUUUCUUUCUUCUUUUUUUUCUCUCCACAUACAUGAUAUAUUCAAUUAUAUGGUUAAGAAUUUCUCUUCCACAAAUGAUAACUAAAACCAUAUAUUUUCAGAAAAUCUAAGAUAACCCUAAAUCUAACCACUUUCAUUUUUCAUUUCCUUUCUUCUAUCACUCAAAACCAUCAAACACACAUAAAACCACUUUUUGAAAUUCACCAAAAUACAAAGUAACUAUUUGAAUUUCUUACUGCAUAAAGUGAAGUCAAAUUUUUAGAAAAUAACGAUUUAGUUUAUGAAUUUUGGUGAUUAGUUUUGUAUUUCAAUUUUAAACAUUUAUUGUAAUCUCUUAUCUAUACCUAUACAGAUUCAUAAACUAAUGAAGUUCAAUGGAUUUACGAGUUACAAGGCCCAAGCCUAAGUUGAUACAUUU